AUGAAUGGGUAUGCCCAUAGCGGAGAGCUUCCGGAGCUGAGCAACGAGCAAAUCCAGAUCCUCGCAGCCAUCUGCGACGCCGCCGCAAACUCCACCGAGUCGCCAUUCCAGGCCCUCUUCAAAGCUUAUGAGGAAGAAUUCUACAGCAGAGGUCUUGAUACCAACCGCGACAAUGCGGUCUUCAGAUGGCUCACGCGAGUGGGCGAGAACUCCAGGCGCGCUUACCGCGUCGGACGCCCUACCGACUUUAUUCCCUACAUGAGGAGCAUUCUUGAGGCACAUGGCAUUACUGUUUUGGACGAUGAAACUCCGGGCAUCACUGUCAUUAGCGAGGAUGGGGAUGAGCAUGGGGAAGAGACUGGUGUGUCACAGGGAGCAGAGGCCAGCAGGAAGCAGCAGUUGCCGCGACGCAGGGUGUCCUUUGACGAUGCACAGCUCGAGGAGACGUGGCUGAGCGAGCGAUCGCAGUUCGACCACUCAUUUCGGCCGCAUGUUCCCAAUGGUCUGCUGAGGCAGCCGCCUCGUAGAGGCAGGGACCACGUUGGAAGAGAACGCACGCGGUCUAGCAGUAGCCAUGAUCAUCCAUCGUCAAGACGGCCGGCUCCCAAGGUAACCUCACAUGGCUUGCCGCCAUCCGAGUAUGGAUCCGAAGACGAGAGGAACUUGAUAUAUGUGGAUCGACCCACUGAAGAACAAAUGGAGCAAAACGCAGAGAGCUUCUUUGCGACCUCAGAGCUGCGAUCAGCGAGGCGGUUGAUUCGAGUGUGGCAUGAACGAACGGAGACAGUGAGACAAGACCGCAAUCGAGCGCUUCAGCGCCAGAAUUCCCAGCGCGAGAGCCUUGCCGCGGAGUACGAUCGACGACUCCUGCUGAAGCAGUCUUUCGAUGCCUGGUACGGCGCCUACUAUACUUUGCGGCAGGACCAAGAGCGCGCGAGACUAGAGCGUGAGCACGAAGCGCAGGAAAGAAAACGCGAGGAAAUGCUGGCCAACAUGCUCGCAGGUCAUAUCCAGAGACGGGACAAGAACUUUGUUGCCAAAGCGUUUGAUCACUGGUUCAUGAGUGUACAAUACGAAAGGGCUUCAGUGCAGAAAGCACGCAACAUACUACUGAUGGUACGCUACUUUGCCCGGUGGCGCAGAAUUGCUAUGGAGAAUGCAGAAAAGGCGCGCAGUCUUCUGUUGCGAAAGUUUGUGACACUGUGGCGCGACAAGACAGCCCGUCGAUUGAUGGUGCAUGAGCAAGCCAUUGCGUAUUAUGAAGAACGAUUGACGAAGAAAUGCUAUCUCAGCUGGUACUGGAAGAGCAUGGGCCGCAAGGUUGAGGACAGGCACGAGCUGGUCGUUGAACGCAACGCUUUCGAAAAGCUUCGCGCCCGAGUGCGCCAGCGAUCGGAGCAGGUGCAUCAGGCCCAAGACACGCACGACACCCAGCUUGCGAAAUCGACACUUGUCAUACUCAGGAGACGAGUGGAGCAGCGACUGGCAGCGAUGUCAUCGGCAGAAACCCUGUACGAAACCACCGUCCUGUCGAAGUGUUUUCGCGCUCUCCGGAUUGCUGCGAAGCUCUCUCCGAUCUCGAACACUUUGACGGUGAAAGUCAAGUUUGACCUCAAACGAAAAGUUUUCCGCGUGUGGCACCUGCAAUUUACACUUAAUCGACAGGCUGCACAGGUCGACCGGAAACGUGUGUUGCAGACUGCUUGGACGAGCUGGAACGAUACGCUUCGCAGCAAAGCUCUUGGUCAACGCAUUGACGAACGCGUGUUGCUCGAGAGCCUCUACAAAUGGGUGCUCCAUACUCGGSUGCGAUCCUACCAGCGAGCGCAAGACGCGAAGCUUGCCCGUAAGACGCUCUCGGCCUGGAGCCUCAAAUUACGCAACACCACUGCAGCGCUCGCCCAAUCGAACGCUGACUUUGAAGCAAGUCAAAGAUGGCGAAUCCUCAAAUUCGGGAUGCUUCGCUUUAACAUGGCCAUGCGGAAUCACGAAGACGCGGUACGUGCAGCGACGGAGUUCUCAAACAGUCGUACGUUACCGGAUGUGGUCGAUGUGUGGAAAGCGCAGACUGCGCAUGCAAGACAACUCGCCAAGUGGGCUGUCGAUGCACGAUUCUACUGCUUGACUACCCGGACUCUGAAACUCUGGCGAGAAAGGACAGAAGAGCAUAAGCGCAUGCGACGAAAGGAGGCGUAUACACAGGUCCGAGCAUCGAUCAAAGUCAGACUCGCAAAGAGCUGCCUUGCCCGCUUAAGCACCAAGGCCUCAGCAGUCGCUUCAUUGCGGAACGAAGCCGAACGUUUGGCUCGUAAUCGCGUAAUCAAAGUCGGUAUGGAUGCAUUCGAUACUUGGAGAGACAAGACGGCGGAGUAUGUGAACCUCGACGUGCGAGCCCAGGCUACAGAUCACCAGAGGCUCCUUGCCUCCGCUCUCGCGGCCUUGGCCAACCAUCAAGACGAGCUCACAGAAAUGGAACAAUCUGCUUUGCGUUUCCGCCAAGAAACAGACAUUGGGAUUUUGCGUCUCGCUCUUAGGAAGAUUCAGUGGUCCAGCUUCCAAGCGACCCAACGAGCAGGCAACGCAGACGCCUUAUGGGCCAGAAAUCGCGACCUGCACAUCAAGCACAUGCUCCGCYACUGGGCAUCCCAAACCGCUGAGCGUCAAGCCGCCCGGGCUGAGCCCGCUGAGCCUGAGAGCCCCAGUCUUCGUCCUGCAAGCAGAGCCCGAUCAGCGGAGCGCUCAGCAGCGCGUGUAUUCGCCUCUCCACAGAAAGCCACAACCCCGGCGUACAUGCAAACUCCAACUCACUCCCGUCGCGCGGGCUCGCGAUUCCGUCCGCUUCCUACUCCCGCUCACGUCGCGCCAAUGGCGUUUGACAGGGCUUAUAUGCUGAACACACCUGCUCCCGUGACUGAUUUUGGGGAGCCUAGUGACCUGUUCUAUGGACAGACUCCUCCGCAGCAGAUAACCCCAUUCGCUAAUAAAUUACGAGCAGGAGGUAUCCUUCCCUCUGCGCAAACCCGCCAACCGCAGUCAGCGUUGAGGACAAGUGUAUUUGGAAGGUCUGCCGCAGGAGGCGGCACGGGGAAGAGUGUGAGAUUCGCUGGCGGGAGUCGGUUCGGAAGUGGAGGAAGGAGAAGAGAUGGAGGACGUCUGCUCGAGGGCUCCGAUGAAUGA